UAAUCAAGGGUUUCCAAAUGUCGAUCGGCGGACCAACCAGCCAAGAUGGCGGACCUCGAAGCAGUUUUGGCCGAUGUUUCCUAUCUGAUGGCGAUGGAAAAGUCCAAAUCCACGCCAGCAGCAAGAGCAAGCAAGAAAAUAUGCCUUCCAGAUCCAUCAGUCUACCAUGUAAUGCACAAAUAUCUUAGCGAGCGCAACGAGGUUACAUUUGACAAAAUUUUCGACCAGCGCUUAGGAUUUCUCCUCUUCAAAGAGUUCUGUAAGUGUCAGUGUGACGAGCCAGUCCCUCAACUUGAUUUCUACGAAGCGAUUAAAGAUUAUGAAAAACUGAAAACACAGGAAGAGAGAGUACAAAAAGCCAGAGAAAUCUAUGACAACUUCAUUAUGCGUGAACUUCUUGCUUGCUCACAUUCAUUUUCAGAAUCUGCAUUUAAGCAUGUCUGGAAAUACAUCUCUGAAAAAGAGCUUCCUUCAGAUUUAUUCGAGCCUUACAUGCUUGAAAUUCGAGACAGUUUGAGAGGAACUGUUUUCCAGAAAUUUUUGAAAAGUGAUAGAUGGAACCGAUUCUGUCAGUGGAAAAACCUAGAACUGAAUAUAAAUCUCACAAUGAAUGACUUUAGUGUACAUAGAAUUAUUGGUAGGGGUGGGUUUGGAGAGGUGUAUGGAUGUCGGAAAGCUGAUACAGGCAAAAUGUAUGCAAUGAAGUGUCUAGACAAAAAGAGGAUUAAGUUGAAACAAGGCGAGACGCUAGCACUAAAUGAGAGGAUAAUGCUAUCUAUGGUUAACUGCCCAUUUAUUGUCUGUAUGACAUACGCAUUCCAAACUCCUGACAAGCUCUGCUUUGUGCUAGAUCUAAUGAAUGGUGGUGACUUACACUAUCAUCUUUCUCAACAUGGUGUCUUUGCUGAAAGUGAGGUGAAGUUUUAUGCCUCAGAGAUCAUUCUUGGACUUCAACAUAUGCAUGAGCGCAAAAUUUGCUACAGAGAUCUAAAGCCUGCGAAUAUCCUGCUGGAUGAACAUGGUCAUGUACGAAUAUCAGAUCUUGGCCUCGCUUGUGACUUCUCUAAAAAGAAACCACAUGCCAGUGUAGGAACGCACGGCUAUAUGGCCCCUGAAGUGCUGAAGAAGGGCGAGGCAUACGAUUCUUGUGCCGACUGGUUCUCACUUGGCUGCAUGCUCUUUAAACUUCUUGUUGGGCACAGUCCAUUCAGACAACACAAGACAAAGGAUAAACACGAAAUCGACAGACUCACCUUGACUCUUGACGUCGACUAUCCUGAGUACUUCUCUGAGGACAUGGUUUCGCUUCUAAAAGGACUGCUCAACAGAGAUGUACCUUGUAGACUUGGAUGCAGAGGGAGGGGAGCAUCUGAGGUCAGAGAACAUAGUUUCUUCAAGGACAUUGAUUGGAAACUUGUUGAACUCCUCAAGUACCCACCGCCUCUCAUCCCACCGAGAGGCGAGGUGAAUGCCGCGGAUGCCUUCGACAUUGGUUCCUUUGAUGAGGAUGACGUGAAAGGCAUAAAGAUGACAGAUCAGGACCAAGAAAUUUACAAAGACUUUAACUUGGUGGUUUCUGAGAGAUGGCAAACUGAGAUUUCAGAAACUGUAUUUGAGGUUGUUAACCAGGAACACGACAAAUGUCAGGCAAAGAAAAAACCGAAACAUCAGAAUUCAAUUACAGACAUGGCAGAAGAUGGCGACAGGUUACUGGAGGGCUAUCUGUAUAAGCUGGGCGGGCCGUUCAUGAACAGUUGGCAGCGGCGGUACGUCCACCUGUUCCCCAACAGACUAGAGUGGAGAGGGGAACAGAUGAACUCUCCAAGUUUACUUGUGAUGGAAAACAUCACUGGGGUGGAAGAAAUCCAGCAUAAGGGAUUUAACUGCAUCAAGAUCAGCAUCAACGGAAGAGACCCACAGAUUCUCAGAGCAGAGACUGAAACAGAAUUCCAAGAAUGGCUAAAGGAGAUAAAGCAAUCGUUUCAGCAGGCACAGGUCAUGAUGAAGGCCGGCGCAAAAAUAAUGAGCACUGGUCAUCGCUACGUCACACAGUACAGCAAAGAGGAAAAUGGUCCUGUCCCAUCACACGGUCCAUCCUUGCCUUAACCUUGACCAACUUCGACCUCGUACUUGCCAGGGCACGUGAAGGUCACGUGACUGACAAAGAUUUAUUGAACUAACAUGCAGUAGUGUACAUACUUAGAAGCGAGGCUAGACGAGCCCGUAAUGCUAUUGAUCAGCGCUAGACAUGCGCUAUUGGGGUGGAUAUUGCGCACACAUGCGCGAAGUGGGAGAAGGUGAGAUGUGUGAAAACGCUGCCUGAGUGAUCAGGCCAGUCCGCUCAGCAACUGAAAUUCGCUAUUCAGGGUGGGUGGGGUGUAUAAUUUCCUGUAUCACUUAGCCAUGUGGUACACCAGGAGAUUUGUCUAAAAGAUCUAUGAAAAAUCUAGCUCAAAGUAUUGGAUAGGCCUGAGGUUCGAACUACAUGAAUGUAGGAGUAAGACCACAUAGGGUCUUGUAAUUUAUAAUAACUUAGUAACACUUUUCCGUGGGGCUUUCCAAUUCUAUGUCACGCUGCCUCAGUCAUAAUCAUAUUGUGUUAGUGAAUACAUUUUUCCUACAGUUAUAGCGUAUGUCUGGCUCAGUUAUAGUUUGCUUCUGCCUAUAACACUGACAAGUGUGCUUUUCCCAUUGUCAGCCUCGCAUUUCGCAUAGCUCAUGUAUUACUCACUCAGAUUUGUAAAAUCUUUGGAGGCUACAAGCCUCAAUGUUGUGGCCUUUCCCUUCUAACGAUUCCCAAGAAACAAAAGGGCUGUCACAUCAUUUGAUCCCAAUAAUUUGAUAUACUGGUUAAGUGUCUUUCUCUGACUUGAAGAGCUACAGUAAAGGUUAGGGUGGAUGUGAAAUUUUCCCAUAUGGUGGAUGUGAAAUUUUCCCAUAUCAUAAUUUGAUAUCUUGUUGAAGUUCUGUGUUUUUACUGUUUGCCUAAUGGAGUGUUUACUGUUGUCACAUAUCUCAUUGUUCAGCACAAUGGGCUUUUUAUCUCUUCUUUUUUAUAUUCCUCUAAUUUUUUAGAUAGGUACAUAGGUUUAAAACUAAUUGUGUUGUACUCCUUGCUCAUUUCCACAAAGUUGAACCUGAAUUCAAUAUAUGCUACAAUGUCCACAAGACAAAAGCAUCAAAUUGAGGCUCUAUUCUAACUUUAUUACAUUUGCUGUAAUUCUUGAAGAAAGCCUUGAUUUGGGUUAAAUUUUUAAUGUUAGUUCCAGGCAUUGGCGCAUAUAUCAGGCUUUUAUUGUACAUGGACAUUUUAACAAUACUUUAACUAUUUAACAGUGUUAAUAUGCUAUUGAAUUCACCAGAUAGCUGGGUUAGCUAAGGUGCCUGUUUUUUUUUUGUUUUUUGUUUUUUUUACUGCUGUGUCAGCUUUCAUAGCUCAACGCUGCAGUGUUAUAAUUCAAUACUACAAAGUUUGUGUCCGCUCUACACAGACAUGUGUUUGUUAAGUGCUGCACUUAUAGUUUCUACUCUGUUUAAUUUCGAGCUUUAAACUCAGCUAAAUUAGUGUUCACUUUUUUUGGUUUAGAUCCAUUUUAGGUCAUGUAACACAUGGAAUGGGACUCUUUCAUAAAAUUUCAGUCCUUGCUUUAUCCGAUGACAGCAGCUUUUCAGUGAGUUUGCUAAUUGAAGGAUAAGUAUCUUUCUUGGAAAAUCAUAUUAAAACUUUGUUUAAUUAGAGUUUGCAAGUUCAAAAGUGCUAUUAAUAAAUCUGGCACUUUGUUACUCUGUCUGUUUCUCUUUUGGAUGAUGGGUAACAAGCUUUGACGUAUUAUUGUGGUGCAUUUGCUUAGUAAAAAUCAAAGGGAAGAAACAAUAAAUGUGUAUAAAUCAAACUGCCACCACCAGUUUUUUGUUCUAUCUGAUGGGCAUCAGAAUGCCACAGGUAGCCACAAGAAUAUAAAAGUAUCUUGCAAUUUCCCAAGAGAGACUGUAAGUUGGUGUAUUAUUAGAUUCAAAUCAAUUUUAAGAGAUUUGUGUACAAAGUUAUAUAAACUAGGACAUUAUAUCUGUAAAUUUGUAUGUGGCACAGACACUUCAACUGAAAUGAGAUUCUCUUUGGUGUGAACUUCAUAGACUUUCUUCAGAUGAAGUUCGUUUAUGUGGAUAUAUUACCGAUUUAAAAAAGCACUAUUUGACAUGGCAAAAACAUAUCAGCCAGGUGCAUUGCCUUUGUGUUGAUUUUCCUGACUUUAACUUAAAUAGAAAGACAUCUCAUCUCAAUUCUAGUACACUUUAUGAGGUGUUGUAGUGUCUGUGUUAUAUGUCAUCUUAGAAUAAUAGGCCAAUACUACAAAUUUAAAAUAAACCUAAUUGCAGCUUAAAUAUGCUGCACAGUUCUUUGUAACUAAUCCUUACCCUAAAUUGUUAAUAACAUGGCUCAAGAGAAA